AUGCUGCAGUUCGUGGCGGAGAGCAUGAAGGCGCCGCUGGCGGCCCUGCAGGCGCUGGCGGAGCGAGCGCAGCGCCCCGAGCACGACCAGCGCCCCUCGCUGGAGGAGAUUGUGGAGGCGCUGGGCGAGAUGCUGCGCCUCUGCCAACCGUGUGUGGGCGUGGCCAGUGUCCCUUGUCGUGGGCGUCUCUCCCCUGCCAUGGGGACCAUCCUCAAUUCACCGCGCUCUCCUUCAAAAGGGCUGUUGAUGAUCCGAGAAUUCCCGCUCAGAUCGCCACAACUGAGGCUAGCCGCAUCAGAGCAACAACUCACGCAGACAGCUCAGCAUAAGGAAGCCAAGCCGAACGGCAGCCUUUGUGCCUGUGAGCGCAGACUUGGCCAACAGCGACAGGAUAAGGGGAAGGAGGUGCGCCUCGGGAAGGGCAAGUACGGGCGCGUGGUGCGCGUGAGCUACAAGGGCAAGGAGUGCGCCCUCAAGCUGGCCGCCCCCGGCUCCAAGGUGGUGUUCGAGCACGAGAUGGAGAUGCUGAGGCGGCUGCAGGGCGCGGGGGGAGCGCCCAUGGCCUUGGCGUACAGUGAGGAUCCGUCGUGCCUCCUGAUGACGUACCUGGGCAAGGAGUGCCUGGCCGACGUGCUGAGUGCGCAGCGCAGCCAGAAGCAGCUCCUGCAGCUGAGCGUGAAGCUGGCGGAGGCCGUGGCGGCCGUGCACGCCGCCGGCAUCGUGCACUGCGACCUGAAGCCCACCAACGUGAUGGUGCAGCUGCGCGGCGCAGCAGGAGCGCCGUCGGUGCACAUCAUCGACUUCGGGAUGGCACUUCCCGUGGGCCAGUGCCAUCCCGAGAGCAGCAAAGGGCGGCAGUCGUGGUACUGCUCGUGCGUGCACCAAGGCACGCCGCUGACGGAGUAA